AUUUGCAUUUGACGAGAGACCUAUGGAAAAAGGUUUCGUGAAGUGAAUAGAAGAAAGAACGUACGCUUGGGAAUUGACGAAACACGACAUUGAAGAGACACGACAUCAGCUACUUUUGUUGAAUAGGAUGAAAGUGUACAACGAUUCACUCGAAACAAAAGAAACAUUGGAUACAUGGAACGCUUUAUAACCGACGUGUAUCUUACACCCGUGGUUUAUUUACAUGAGGCAAGGCCACCAAAGAAAAUUUGGCGGCUUCGACUGCCAUGUCAAACUGCUCCGAUCUAGUCUACUCUUCAGCAUGUGGCUUCUCGCCGGUUGUUGUGGUAGAAACACUUGUGUUGUUGACAAUGUUUCUGGGUUCUUUGAUCGGCAACGGACUCAUCUUGCUCGUAAUUCAACGGAGUCGACGAAGCGAAUGGACGACAAACUACUUUGUAUUAACUCUAGGAUUAUCGAACUUGACGAUUCCGUUUAUGUGUGUUCUGUGGACAAUAAUCUGGGUCAUGCGAGGUUCGUGGUUGUUCCACAGCGCAACCUGUAAAGUGACUUUCUUUUUCCAAUUCUUGAACGCUGGACUUUCAGCGGGUCUUCUCGCUUGUAUUUCACUCGAUCGGUUCUACAUUAUAGUGCAUCCGUUGCAGUUUAAAAUGAGUCGUUCCCAGACUAAGAAACUCAUCAUAUAUGUGUGUAUUUUCAUGGUUUGUUUGUCUGCACCGGCCUUAUUCUUCUUCGAAUCACUUUCUGCACCGGCCUUAUCCUUCUUCGAAUCACAAGAAUAUCAGUCACCGGACGUUGAGUUCUGUCUCGUUAAUUUCUCCUCAGUUUACUGGAAAGGCUAUGUAGUGCUGUUUUUCGUUUGUGCUUUUUGUUUUCCUUUAUUAUUCACCCUGGUCAUGUACACACGGAUCACAUAUGCUGUCAUCACCAGAAAUCGUCACGCUCAAAAUUACCCGAACAGUUUUAGAAGACAGACAUUCCGCGUUCCGCGUUCGAAAGUCAAAGUUCUUCGUAUGUUGUUUUUGCAAUGGCUUGUGUUCGUUAGCUGCUGCCUCCCUUAUUUCUUCAGCCUUGUUCUGUGGACGUUUAAAAGAAGCACAUGGACUGGGCACUUGUACAUAGCCUUGUUGUUACUUUCAUUUUCUAAUGCGACGUUAAAUGUCGUAAUUUAUGCCCUAUUCAAUGGGGAUUUUCGGCAGGGAUGCAAGAGGGUUUUCUGUAAGCCCGACGCGUCACAAGCCUACCGUCUAACAUCACUUGGACGAAAGCAUCGGGUAUCGCCGUUUGAAUUUAGCUCCGAUCAUGGAGAUGGCCUGUACGAACUUCGACUACCCGAACACAAACCAGUAGAAAAGGCAAUCCAUCUAAACGUUAAUAUGCGAGGUGUGAACGGUUGUUUUAAUACCUUAGAGAAGCAAACUCAAGCGUGGGUUAGGAGCAAUAGUGACCGACAAGGCAGUAUUUAGAAAGCUAUAUUAUUAAAACCGUGUUCGCUGAGGGUGGAACUUAGCAAAUAUAAUUCAAAACUGAGAUGAAUAAAAUAUUAUCUGUCGGAAGAAAUCUUUAAAACGGACUACAAGUCUUCAAACUUGGCACUUAGAUAUGGCAAAUUUAGUCCCCAGAAUUAUGUGGUAAUGCGAAUUGUUCUUUUUGCCUUCCACCCGUAUAUUAUUUAUGUUUGCAAAGUGCGUAUUUAAAAAGUUGCCCACAUUGUGGUGAGGUUUUUCCUGUUUAAAAGGCAGAUGUCAGGUGGAUAUAAUAAUUAUUUAUUCAGCUAAAAUCAGACAUGACCGGAAUACUCCAGUUUUGGAAUGGCUGAGAAUACAAAAAAAAUUAAUCUUAAAUAUUGUAAAUACAGUUGAAAAAUUACUGACUCGCACCUCAGAAUUCUACUUGUAGGCUUUAGUUUAAAUGGUCGAGCUAAUGGUUUAAGACAGAGCAACCAUGCGGUUCUUAAUUAUAAGAUUUGACAAAGAACAACGGAAAAAUAAAUUUAUUCCUAUUAUCAGCCAUAUAGAUAAUUUUAAAAAUAGUAAAUUAUUUUGGGCAAUAACUGUACGAAAUGAGAUUUUAAACCUGAAACCAGUAUUGCCGUGGGAGAUGUGAG